AUGUCAUAUGGAUUUUAUAUAAGUAGACAUUUGACACAAGGCACUAAAAACGCCUUGUGCAACCAAUACAAGUUUUAUACCCUGUUACAGUAUGGUGAACGUGCGGGGAUUAGUUAUGAUAGGCCACAUCAUCCACGGAGUUAUGGAAUUUCUAGCAGUUCAAAAGGACAUACUGAUGCACUUUCAUUUGAUAAAUAUGACAAGAACGACUGCAAACUUAUAAUCACUGCAGGUGUUGGCGGAGCUGAAGCUUGUGAUUGGUGCAAGAUGCUGAGUAGGAUGUACAAGAAAUUUGUUUCUAGUUAUAAAAUGCCAGAAGAUAAAAAAUUUGGACCUUUACCGGAGGUUUUAAAGUAUGUAGAAGUAACAGCAUCCCCUGGUGAUUUGAAUGGGUACAAAAUGGUAGAAGUCGAUAUAAUAGGAAAAUAUGCCUACAAACUCCUUAAAGGUGAAAAGGGAACCCACAGACUUGUUAGACAUACACCAUUUCAUGCAGCAAAAAAAAGACAAACCACUUUUGGUGGUGUGCAGGUCAUACCAAUACUUUCAAGUGAUGAUGAAGAUGUAAAAUUUUACAAUAAAUCCAAAAACCUCCAGGAGAAGGAUUUGAUAUUUGAAUCCAUGCGUAGCGAGGGAAAGGGAGGUCAAAAUGUUAACAAAGUUGAAACGGCAGUAAGGGUAACACACAAGCCAACUGGCUUAUCGGUAAAAGUACAACAAGAGCGCACAAACACACGCAACAAACAAAUCGCAUUACAAAAGCUUGCCGAAAAGGUGGAACUACACUAUAGGAACAUAUUACAAGAGCGCUUGGAAGAGGUAAAAGGCACAGAAGUGGAUGCUUCUUGGGCUAGACACAUUAGAAGCUAUGUUUUAAACCCAGAACAGAGGUUCAAGGAUCAUCGAACAAAUUACGAAACGGCUGCCGUCCACGACAUUAUGGAUGGUGAUCUGUUACCCGUAAUUCUAACAUAUCUAGAACACUUAAAAUGA